UGUCUUUCUCGAUGCAAUAGAUCAAUUGAUCUUAACCCCCAAAAUGCUCCCAACCCCCUGCACCGCCCACGUCUCCUUCGACACUAUCUACGAACCCUCCGAAGACUCGUACCUCUUCCUCGACACCCUCUCCUCGCCCUCCGAGUCCGCAUGGCUGAAAGCCCGCUUCCCCUCCCCCCCCUCUACAGAUCCCACAAAUGACACCUCCUCGCCCUCCCCCCUAAUCGUCGAAGUCGGCACCGGCUCCGGCGUCGUCCUCGGCUUCGUCGCCGGCAACUCGCACGAGAUCCUCGGCCGGCGAGACGUGCUCACACUCGGCGUAGACGUGAACCGCAACGCCUGCAUCGCCACGCAAGAGACAGUGCGCAAGGCCAUUCAAGACCGACAAUCAGACUCAACCUCCGCGGUGAAAUCCAUCCACACAGCCUCCAUCACCAGCGACCUCCUCUCCGCCCUACACCCCGGCAGCAUCGACAUCCUGCUCUUCAACCCGCCCUACGUUCCGACAGAGGAUCUCCCCGCUGUCCCUGAACCCAGCGCAACAGAGAACGAAGACGGCCUCUCGCGAAGUGAAAAGUUCGACCGCGAGUCCUACUACCUCUCCCUGACGUAUGCCGGCGGCAAAGAUGGAAUGGAGACGACGGAUCGACUGAUCGAGCAGAUCCCCGCGGCGCUGGACGCGGCGCGCGGCGUGGCGUAUGUGUUGCUUUGUGCGCAGAAUCGGCCCGGAGAGGUCAGGGAGAGGAUUCGGGGGUGGGGAGGGGCGUGGAGGGCGGAGUUUGUGGGGAAUAGUGGUGUGCAGGCGGGGUGGGAGAAGUUGGUGAUUUUGAGGGUUUGGAGGGAGUGA